AUGACCAAAACAGCUAUAAUAAUUGAUAACGGAUCUUGUACUAUGAAAGUAGGAAUAGCAAACGAACAAGACAACACUCCGACAUCAAUCUUUCCAACCCUAGUUGGCCACCACAAGAAAUCAACAAGCACCACUAUAGUUGGUGAUGAAGCCAUUGCUAAGAGAGGUAUCUGUACAUUGAAAUAUCCAAUUGAACAUUGUGUCAUUACCAACAUUGAAGCAGUGAGGGAACCAAAGUGUAAUAGAGAGAGGAUGACACAGAUCGUGUUUGAGGAGUUUAAUAUAUCAAGUUUUUAUGUGGCAAUGCAAGGAGUGUUGGCGUUGUUUGCAUCUGGCAAGACAAGUGGAAUUGUUUUGGAUUUGGGAGAGAGUGUGUCGAGAGCUGUUCCUGUCUAUGAAGGAUAUGCCUUGACACAUGCCAUUUCAAGUUGGAAUUUUGCUGGAAGGGAAAUUACUGAAUAUUUGGUUCAAGCAUUUGCUGGAUGUAAAAUACCAUAUUUUGCAGAGCAUCCAACAGAUGUCAUGACAGAUAUGAAGCAUAAUAUUUGCUAUGUUGCAUUGGAUUUUGAUCAGGAAAAUGAAAAGGCAGUGACUGAUGUUUCUUAUGAAUUACCAGAUGGAAGCUUGAUUAACAUUGGAUGUGAACGAUUCAAAUGCACAGAGGAAUUAUUCAAUCCCAAUCUUGAUUCACAUUCUGGGAUUCAUGAACAGGUUUUCAAUUCUAUUAGAAAAUGUGACAUGGAUGUUAGAAAGGAUAUGUUUUCAAAUAUAAUCUUAGCAGGUGGAACAACAAUGUUUACAGGAUUGUCAGAACGAGUGGAAAAAGAGUUAAGUGCAUUGGCUCCAUCAAAUGUGAAAAUCAAUGUUGAGGCUCCACCAUUUAGAAAAUAUUCAGUUUGGCUUGGAGGUAGCCUGUUAUCUUCUCUAUCAUCGUUUGAACCAAUGUGGAUUUCAUGCAAAGAGUAUGAUGAAAUUGGACCUUCAAUAGUACAUAGAAAAUGCUUUUAA